CUGACACCAUGAGACUGCUGGCUCUGCUGCUGGUGAUCGGAGCUGCUGCGGCAGUUCCCCGUGAAGAUGGCAGGAUCAUUGGUGGGUAUGAGUGUGAGCCGAACUCUCGUCCAUACAUGGCCUCCCUCAACUAUGGCUACCACUUCUGUGGUGGGGUGCUCAUCAACAGGCAGUGGGUGCUCUCCGUUGCCCACUGUUGGUACAAUCCCUAUGCCAUGCAGGUCAUGCUGGGAGAACAUGAUGUGCGAGUGUUUGAAGGUACAGAGAAGCUCAUGAAGACCGACACCAUCAUCUGGCACCCCAGUUAUGACUACCAGACGCUGGAUUUCGACAUCAUGCUGAUUAAGCUCUUCCACCCGGUGGAGGAGACCGCAGCAGUCGCGCCCAUCUCGUUGCCCACAUGGUGCCCGAUAGGGGGGCUUCCCUGCACUGUGUCUGGCUGGGGUAACUCCGCCCCCGACGGCGAGCCGGUGAACUUGCCGACCCGUCUGCAGUGUUUGGACGUGCCCAUCCUGGACGAGCAGGACUGUGAGAACGCCUAUCCCGGCAUGAUCACACGCAGGAUGAUGUGUGCCGGGUACUUGGACGGAGGCAGAGAUGUCUGCAAUGGUGACUCCGGCAGCCCUCUGGUGUGUGAAGGAGAGGUCCACGGCCUGGUGUCAUGGGGUCGGGGGUGUGCUCAGCCCAACUACCCCGGGGUCUACGUCAAACUGUGUGAGUUCCUCUACUGGAUUGAGGACGUCAUGGCAGCAAACCCCUGAAGAAGUCACCCAUUUUUCACUUUAUUUCUCCUCAUGUCUCCCACUGGUUCUCCUCAUUCUUAUUUUCUUUUGAAGCCCUGACUUUAAUUUCUGUGUUUCACUGGUGCCUUGUCUCCUUUUAAAAUUUCUCCCCCAUAUAUCCAACGCACGUGCCAAA